AUGAAACUAGGCGAAAGAAGAGUUUUAUUUUUUGUAAUUCCAUUGCUUUUCUCAAUAAUUGGUUUAUCAAUAUAUUCUGUUUUUCUUGUUUUACAAUGGAAACAUGGUAGAACACGACUUAUCGGUAGUUAUUGUGAAAUAUCCAAUGGAAAACUAUUCGUUGAACCAAUAAAUGCGUUGAGUAGUUUAACAUUUCUUCUUGUUGGAUUGAUUAUUGCUUGGCAAUUAAUGCGUGAAACAUUCAAAGAAUAUUCGAAUCAUUUUAUUUGCAGUGAUUUUAUAUCAGUAUUAUUUCCAUUAAUCAUUAUUUUUCUUUGUUUGGGAUUAUUGUCAUUGCAUACAUUUUAUUCAUAUCCAAUUAUAGUUUACAACGUUUAUUUAAUCUUCAUAUUAAAUAUUUCAUUGGUUUAUUUGUUUUUCUUACUAUUCUUCGUGAAUUUAUUUCGCAAUUAUCCUCCCAAAAUGUGGCUAUUAAUUCAUUACAAGGAAGUCUUCCGUCAAGAUUUCUUAUCUAUAUCGCUUCCCUGA